AUGCUGCUAGUCCGUAGGCACGUUUCUCGAGCUCUCAAUCUCUCAAGCUUAUCAUCCUUUCGUUCUUCAUCAUCGUAUUUUACCGAUAAAGAUGCUGAUAAUGUGGCGCAAUAUUUUGUACACGUUCCUGUCUUGUUUCAAGAGACAAUUGCUGCGUUUUCUCGAGACAUUUCAGACACAGUUGAGCCUCGUUACUUUGUUGAUGGCACUACAGGAUUUGGAGGCCACGCCAAAGGUCUUUUGCAACACUUUCCAAGAGCUCAUUUGCUAUGUAUAGAUCGCGAUCCUGAGGUAUUGAGUAUUGCUCAAGCAAAUUUAGCCGAUUUUCACGACCGCGUGAGUUUUCAACUUGGCUCUUACGCUAACUUGGACAAACAUUUACAAGCUGCUGCCUUUCCAGAUGAAAUAGAUGGAAUUCUUGUUGAUCUUGGCGCUAAUAGUUAUCAUUUUGAUGCUGCAAAACGGGGAUUUAGUGUCAUCAACGAUGGACCGUUGGACAUGAGGUUUAACCAACAAGAUGUGACACAACGAACAGCGGCGGAUGUUGUGAAUUCGCUCUCUGAAGUUCAAUUAACAAGGAUAUUUAAAGAUUAUGGAGAAGAACGAUUGGCGAAAGAAUUUGCCAAAGCGAUUGUACGAGAACGAGAAGAAAGAGAUAAAGUAUUUCAAACAACAAAAGAGUUACGCGAGUGCAUUGAACGUAUAGCAAAUAUGUGGAAUUCCAAACAUUCUCGAAAGAAAAACGGCAAACGCAGUAAUAGAAAAGGAGGAUCUCAUCCGGCGACGCGUUGUUUUCAAGCACUGCGAAUAUAUGUGAAUGAUGAACUUGAUCAUGUAAAUACUGGCGUCAAGCAACUUGUGAAUCAUUUAAAGCCCCGAGGACGACUAGUCACGAUAGCUUUCCAUUCACUUGAAGAUCGACCAAUAAAGAAAUUUUUCUGCGAAUUGGACAGAAAAAGCAGAAUCGACAAUGAUGAGGAUGAAGACGAAGAGUGGGACGGUGAAGACACUGAAAAUGACGAAAACGUUGGGAUCUUUGAUUUAUUGAGCACUAAAAGGUUCCGUCUUAUACGCCGAAAAGCCAUCAAAGCAAGCGACCAUGAGAUUGCGACCAAUUCCCGCUCACGCAGUGCUCGUCUACGCUGUAUCGAGCGAUUGUCGUGA